AUGCCAGAAAGUUUCCGGGGGGUGCCCGGGCUGGAUCUGCAGGGAGCCGUGGUGGCUGGCCUCGGGGUCUCCCAUCUCGGCCCCCCUGCGUGUGUCUUGCUGGCCUUGCCCCCGCCCAGCUUCCUGCCUCUGGAAGCAGCUGGGGCCCUGCCCUGGUGUAAAGGAGCCAGGGAGGGGGGCUGGAAGGGAGCUUUCCAAUUCUGUCUCCCCAUCCUCCUCCCCCCAGGUCCUUCUGCUUCAGUUGCUGCCUUUCCACCACUCACUCAGUCUCACCCCUCUCUUCCUCUUCCCUCCCUCCCCCUGCACAGACGCCUCAGUUCUGGGAAGCUACAGGAUCUCGGUGUGGGCGAUGGCAGCAAGGUGACGCUCGUCCCCACGGUGGAAGCCGGCCUCAUGUCCCAGGCCUCCCGGCCCGAGCAGUCUGUCAUGCAGGCCCUGGAGAGCUUAACCGAAACUCAGGUCAGUGACUUCCUCUCGGGCCGCUCCCCGCUCACCCUGGCCCUCCGAGUGGGCGACCACAUGAUGUUCGUGCAGCUCCAGCUGGCCGCCCAGCAGGCAGCGGCAGGGGCCCAGCUCCAGCAUCGGCAACACCUCCUGGCCGGGCGCGGGGACCCGGGGGCCGCAGCCGGCGCCCCCUCCCCCUGCCGGCCCUCGAGCCUCGCCGCGGCCGCCACCGCCCGCGUCCCUGUGCCCGCCUGCCCGCCCAGCCCCGCGCCCACCUCCAGCACGCCUGCCUACUUCAGCCCCACCCACCCCCUCCCCGCACGGCCGGGCCCGCCCGGGCGGGCGCGACCACCGGGGCCCGGUUCUGACCAGGCCUCGCUCUCUGAGGGGGGGAGUUGUGACCCUGGUAUCCCGCUUAUUCCCCACUGACUCCCGUCUCUCCUGCAGGUGGAUUGUGCCUCUCACAGCAGCAGCACCAGUCCCUCCUCCCCCUCCUCCUCCUCUUCCGCCCCCUCUUCCUUGGGUUCCAGCUCCACCCCCAGCAGCAGCCCAGCCCCCAGCGCGCGCUCCCGGAAACCUGGCGCCGUCAUCGAGAGCUUCGUGAACCACGCUCCAGGAGUCUUCUCAGGGACCUUCUCUGGCACACUGCAUCCGAACUGCCAGGACAGCAGCGGCCGCCCACGGCGGGACAUCGGCACCAUCCUGCAGAUCCUCAACGACCUCCUGAGCGCCACGCGGCACUACCAGGGCAUGCCCCAGUCCCUGGCCCAGCUCCGCUGCCAGACGCAGUGCUCGCCCUCCCCCGAGCUCGCCACCAAAGCUACCUCCUGUGAGAAGCUGACGUCCCCCCUGCACUCCGUGGUCCAGAGCCAGAUCCGGAUGUGCAAGCCCAGCGGUGACCGCCUGCGGCAGACAGAGAACCGGGCCACACGGUGCAAGGUGGAGCGGCUGCAGCUGCUCUUGCAGCAGAAGCGCCUUCGGCGGAAGGCCCGGCGGGACGCCCGCGGCCCCUACCACUGGCUCUCAGGCCGGAAGGCGGGCCGGGCGGCCAGCAGCAGCAGCAGCGGCAGCAGCAGCGGGGCCAGCGACGCCGGCGGCCUGGACCUGGAUUUUGAGGACUCGCUCUGGAAGCCCGAGGUCAAGGCAGACCUCAAGUCGGAGUUUGUGGUGGCCUAAGGCCUGCCGGCGGCGUUCCCCUCCAGCCCCAGGCCCCCCCCCCCCCAUCUUCGCCCCGGCCCCCGUAGUGUCCCCUCAAUUUCUCAGGGGCGGGGGGUGGGGACGGCGGGCCGAGGGGCCUCCCCGGCCCGAGGCUCAGUCUCAGCCCCCAGCCUCACCCCUCUGUCCCCACAGACUGGCUGGUCCUCCCAGCUAGUCUCCCCCUCCCCCCCAGACUCCCCCCGGGGCCGCCCUGUGCCCAGGGAAACCCAGCCCCCAGCCCUGGGCCCCCCCCUCCACAUAUGUAGCAUUGUGCCAGAUGGUUUGAGUGAGCUAACAGACUCCACCAGCAGCCCGCCCGCCCGCCCCUCGCCCCAUUCAGGUCCAAGUUGACAAUAGCUAACUGAACAGACUCAUAGUGCACUUUACAGAUUUGGGGAGGGGGCGAAGGGGGCUUCCUCCCCGAGCUCCAGCCCCCACUCCAGGCCAGUGCAGCAGACAGGUCGAAACCAAGCCAAACAAAAAACGGCCCACGCCGGCCGCGGCAUUGCGGGCCCCGCGGGGCCGGUUCUGGCUCCCCAGGUGUCCUGCCCGUUGCUCCGUGGUUGGGAAUUUUUUGUUUAUUUUGGUUUUUUAGCCCUUGGCUGGAGCCUGGCCCUUGGGACUGACUCCCUUCUGGGGGAGACUUUUAGUUCUCUUGCCCCCUCCCCUUGAUACCUCCUCCCCCUCCAGGGUACUGCCCACUUGGGGUGGCUGGGCCGGCCGCUGGGAGCCUGGUCUUCCUGCCCUCUCCUCCCCCAGGAGCAGACAGGAGGGAGGCCGGAGUGCUUCUUGCCCGCCUACCCAGCCUUCGUCCCCCUGCCCCCGCCGUCCCCCAUUUGCUGACCCCCCUGCCUGGGCUGGGGUAUUUAUAGAGUAAAUUGACUGUCUGACUGAGCCAGUUUCAGAUCUGAGAUCUGAGCCUCUCUCCACAGGCCCUGGGAGAGAAAGGAGUGGGGAGGGAGGAGCGCGCCGCGUCCCCCUCCUCCUGCUCGCCUGAUCUGUGUGUUGGGGGGAGCUUGCUAUUUGCCCCUCCCCUGGGGGGGCAGGGGGACCAGCUGCCCAAGGGAGGAGGUGGCCUGGGGAGACACCCCUGACCCAAUUUGGGGAAGGGCAUGGCCUUGUAGCAUUAACCCCAUUGGGGGAGGGGACAGGCCCCUCCUGGCCUUGCCCCCCUUCCCCGCCCCCUCUGUUUCUUCCCCAGCCUGGCCAGGCCCCUGGGGCCCACUCAGAGCCCUCCCCCUCUUGAGCUCGCUGCUGCCGCCCUAGUGGCCACAUCCCCUGCUGGGGGAACAAAUAGAUGCCAGGGCUGGGGGCACGGGUGGGGGGGGCUUCUCUUCCCCCACACCCCCCCUCCCCACGGGGCCAUUUCAAUGGAUUUUAUUUUAUUAAAUCACUUGUUUCUUUUUUUACGGAGAUGGACUGAGCUGUCUGGGCCCUGCCCCCUUCUGUCCUGCCCCAUCCCCUGCCCUCGAUUCUGCCAUCUGUGUCCCACCCCUCGCCCUGUCAGUAGGGAAAGCCAGAACCUCACUGAUUGUUCCCUCCCAGCCUAGAGCCCCCUCCCCUGCCCUCGGUCUUGUGACUACACCUCAUGUCCAGAUGUGAACAUCCAUGUGUUCCUGUAGCUUUGUAAUUAUUUUGGGGGGUGGGAUGGGGAAGACUCGAGGCUUAAUAUUUUUCCAAAGGGAGAAAAAAAUUCAGAACUCGAGCUUUGUGGGGAGUUUUUUUUCUUUUUUUAAGAUUUGGAUUUCUAUUUAAAUGUCUGGAGUUUGUUUUGUUUUGUUUUUGUUCAAGUUCCUUCGAUGCCUGCUUCACAAAUCUCCCUGUCCUGGCCAGGUGUACCCGAGGGGGGCACAGGAGCAGGCACACACCAUGCCGCCGGCCCCGAGGGCCGAGGGGCACCCGAGCAGAGCAUUAUUUCCCAGUGUUCCCCGGUGGGUCGGCGCAGCCUUUGGCCCCCCACCAUCCUCCCCUCACCCCUGCACUCCCUUUGUCCACGUUACCUGUGUGAGAACCAGACAGUGAGAGCAGAAAACCGCCCACCGUGAUUUUAAAAUAAUAAAACAGACCAUGAAACACAA